AUGAAGCGUCUGUUUACAUGCGGUUAUGCAUGUAUUACUACUGACCAGGAUGCUUCAUCGACUGUUUCGAUCUCUUCUGCGUCCGUCGAACCCAAGGGUGCCGUAUAUCCGCCUAAGAAAGACGACCGUAGUUUCAAAGGCGAUUUCUCUAAAGACGCAGAUACACCUGGAAUGCUGAAUAACUACCGUGCUAUGAUGCAGGGGCUCGAAAGCCUCUCCAUGAAGGUGAAGUCACCCAAGUCACCCUAA